CGCCGAUUUAUCGGCAACAAAAAUCACGUCUUUUCUCCUCCCCCUCUUCUCUCUCUCUCUCUCUCUCUCUCUUCGUUUUCUCCUUCACUGAUCCUUCGAAGCUCGCGAAGACGGAUGCAAUCGGAGGGUUCCGCGAGGAGCUGAGAGGGUAAUGGCAUAGCAGGCCGGAGCCACAGCGCCACUGAGGAGCUUGUUUCACGUGAUUCCGAACCCUAGAUUGUGACGCCUAGGGUUUACCGGUCGAGAUUUGUCGGUGAAUCGAGUGAGGAAUUCGAGGUAGAGGAAACAUGUACAGAGACAGAGGUCCCGGUGGGUCCAAGUCGGAGGUCGGCGUCGUUGAUCGAAAGCAGAGGAUCAACGAUGCACUCGACAAGCACCUCGAGCGAUCCUCCCCUUCCACCUCCCGCGUCAUCAACGGCAAGGACAAGUCCGCUCACUCCGUCCUGCUCGGCAAGGCUCCAUCUGAUCACCGCGAUUCAGCUCGACUCAAGACCAACUGCUCCGACGAGGAAUCGGAAACUGACAGCGAAGAAUCAGAUGUUAGUGGAUCUGAAGGGGAUGACACAUCUUGGAUCUCGUGGUUUUGUAACUUGCGAGGAAAUGAAUUUUUUUGUGAAGUUGACGACGAUUACAUACAAGAUGAUUUUAACCUCUGUGGCUUAAGCAGUCAAGUUCCUUACUAUGACUAUGCACUCGAUCUGAUUCUGGACGUGGAGUCCUCCCAUGGAGAUAUGUUUACCGAGGAACAAAAUGAGCUGGUUGAAUCGGCUGCUGAGAUGCUUUAUGGUCUUAUUCAUGCCCGUUACAUUUUGACUGGCAAAGGAAUGGCGGCUAUGUUGGAGAAGUACAAGAACAUCGACUUUGGAAGAUGCCCGAGAGUUUAUUGCUGUGGACAACCCUGUCUUCCUGUCGGCCAGUCAGAUAUUCCUCGGGCUAGCACCGUUAAAAUUUAUUGCCCGAGAUGCGAAGAUAUUUACUAUCCUCGGUCCAAGUAUCAAGGCAACACAGAUGGAGCCUAUUUUGGUACGACGUUUCCUCACCUAUUUCUGAUGACAUAUGGACAUCUGAAGCCACAGAGUGCGUCACAGAGCUAUGUUCCAAGAGUAUUCGGGUUCAAGAUACACAAGAAUUGAAGUGCAGGUCUCUCUCUUUUGCCCACCUCUUGGGUUGGGGCGGCCGCAGAAGUGUCCCGCUGGAGUUCUUUGUCCACAAGUAAUACCUUCUGCUGAGCAGGUAGACGGAAGCAUCAUUCACCACAGCAAAGUUACACCUGGGUUGGUCCCAUCUUGUCUUUGAAAUUUCUGGAAAAUCAUAGAAUUCACAAACAUAUUGAGGGAAGGACUAGUAUUUAUAAUGCACCAUUAGCUGCUUUUCAGUACUAUAAAUCUGUAACUUUUGUUCAUUUUCCUGGAAAAUGAGUAGUCGGCACGCCUUGAAGUGGCUUUCUUUAUUUCC